CACACUGUGACUGUCUGCUCAAGCUCGAGGCGAGCGCUGUGGCAGGCUGACGUGAGGAGCUGGUGCGCAGAGGCUCGGGGCAGCACGGGGUGGGCCGUGCGCCCGCUUACGUAAGCCAGGCGCGUGCGCUGCCAUGGCGCGACCUUGAUCGGGCCUCUCGCGCUGGCGCUGCGCCUCGUCCCCCGCUGCCCUUCUCGUCCACAUGUCUCCUCCUCCCCAAGCCCGCGCGCCGAACCCCUACGCCCUCGCCUUCCUCGCCGUCUCCUCCUUCGCCUCCUUCGUCUACGUCGUCCGCUUCCGCGACUCGGACCCGCGCAACGAGACGCGCGAGAAGCGCAUCCACCAUCCCAACCCGCUCAUUCCGCCGCGGCAUCAGAACCCGCAGUAGGGCUCCCUCCUCUGCCCACUUAGUUCGAUAGAGAGAGGAGAGGAAAGCGGAAUACCAAGAUGCCGACGUUUGACAAGAAGGAUGUGACGGUGAUCUUUGUGCUGGGCGGACCGGGAGCGGGCAAGGGCACGCAGUGUGCGAAGCUCGUCGAUGAGUUUGGCUUCGUGCAUCUCAGCGCCGGUGACCUCCUGCGCUCCGAGCAGCAGCGCGAAGGCUCUCAGUACGGCUCGCUGAUCGCAGAGUACAUCCGCGAAGGCAAGAUUGUGCCGCAGGAAAUCACCAUUGCCCUGCUGUCCAACGCCAUGAAGGCGGCGCUGGAGAGUGGCGGUGCGACUGCAAACGGAGGAGGAACCGUGCCGGAGAAGCACAGGAGCAAGUGGACGGACGGCAAGGGCAGAUUCCUUGUUGAUGGCUUUCCGAGGAAAAUGGACCAGGCUGUCGGGUUUGAUGAGGAGGUCUGUCAGUCCCGCUUCGUCCUUUUCCUGCAUGCCUCCGAGCAGACGAUGCUCGAGCGUCUCCUCGAGCGCGGCAAGACGUCGGGCCGCGCCGAUGACAACGAGGAGAGCAUCCGCAAGCGCUUCCGCACGUUCGAGGAGACGAGCAUGCCUGUUGUGGAGUACUACCGCAAGGACAACAAGGUCGUCGAGGUCGACUCGAUGAAGCCCGUCGAGCAGGUCACGGAGGACAUCCGCAAGGCGGUGCGCGAGACGUUUGCACGCUUGGGCGAGGAGGCUUGACGCAGCGCAGCGCGUUGAGAUGCCAGGCUGUGGCAUGCGUUUGCUCCGUUACUUUAUCAGCC